CUACGUAAACAAACCGGUCUGUCAGAGGGGUGAGUAGCAGAUAGUACCAAUGGGUGCAUAAAAAACGAAAUAUAUCCACACUCAAUAAUCUUUCUGAAAAGCAGUAUCCUCACUAGCCGUGGGGGAUGAGCCACCGGUCGGAACGUCGUGGGAUCCAUGUGGACCAGUCAGAGCUGCUGUGUACGAAGGGGUGUGGUUUCUAUGGCAACGCGGCCUGGCGGGGCCUCUGCUCCAAGUGCUGGCGGGAGGAGUACCAACAAACCAGACACAAACAGAUCCAGGAGGACCAUGCACUGGCAGAGAGGUUACAGAGGGAGGAGGAGGCAGCGUACGCUAACAACCACCAGGGGGCACCCCAGCCUGCCAUCGCACCCUUCAGCAAGUUUGAAGAAAGGAAAACCAAGGAGAAGUCACGUAAAGUCAACACAGUGACUAAGUUUUUCACUCCCUCAGCAAAGACACCGCCCAAGAAAGUCGCUGUGGAGGAGGUCACAUGGGGCAUCCAGCUAGAGUUCCCUAGAUUUUCAACCUCUCCCUGACCCAUUCUGUAAUACCUACAGUGCCUUCAGAAAGUAUGCAUACCCCUUGACUUGUU